ACCGAAUGUUCCAAAGAAUUUUAUCAGCUGCAGGUGCCAACGUAAAGUUUGGUCAAAAUACGUGGCUUUGUGUUUUCGCGCAAAUUCAAAAAGUGAUGUUCGCUCAGAGAUAGCCCUUCGAUACUCAUUUUUAAUAUGUUGGCAUUUCUGCUACAAGUGUGCUGUUAUCUGCUUGGCUUCCUGAUUGUCGCCGCCCUUCUGACUGUGGCUAUAUUGUUGUACAAAACAAAGCCGUAUCCGAUCAUCACACGACACAAGGAUGAGAAGUUCUACCUUGAUCCCAAAACAAUCAAAACCGUCGAGUUUCCUAGUUUAGACGACUCGCCAACCUUGGAGCUCAGCGUCAUUAUACCGGCAUACAAUGAGGAGAAACGCUUGCCCGUUAUGCUUGAUGAAUGCUUGGCGUUCUUGGAACAGAAGCAAUCACAGCAAGCGGACUUUAGUUACGAGAUAAUAGUUGUCAGCGAUGGAAGCAGCGAUGCCACCGUCUCGGUGGCUCUUAAAUAUUCCAAGAAGUACGGCGUCGACAAGUUUCGUGUGCUAGAGUUGGUGGAGAAUCGUGGCAAAGGAGGCGCUGUGCGACUGGGCAUUUUGAGUGCACGUGGAAGGCAGCUGCUCUUCGCGGAUGCCGAUGGUGCCACCAAGUUUGAGGAUUACGAUAAACUAGCGACGGCAUUGGCCAGUUUAGCGCCCGAGUGGCGUCAGGAUGGCAUUGCCAUUGGAUCCCGAGCACAUCUCGAACAGGAAUCAAUAGCGACGCGCAGUUUUCUGCGCACCGUUUUGAUGCAUGGUUUCCAUACUCUGGUCUGGAUAUUUGCUGUGCGCUCAAUACGUGACACUCAAUGCGGCUUUAAGCUUUUUACACGAGCCACGGCAAGGAAACUCUUUAGCAGCCUUCACGUGCAACGUUGGGCCUUUGACGUGGAACUUCUUUAUCUCGCAGAGCGUCUAAAGUUGCCCAUGUCUGAAGUGGCUGUGCGUUGGACUGAAAUUGAGGGCUCGAAGCUGUCGCCAUUCUGGUCGUGGCUUCAAAUGGGAAUUGAUUUGUUUAUGAUUUGGCUGCGUUAUAUGGUUGGUGCUUGGCGCAUUGCUGCCAACCAGAAGAAGGAGAAUUAAUUGAAAUGAAGAUUUGGGCCUUAAACGUUAGUUUAGUAAUUGCAUUUAAUUUCUUAACUAUUUAUGUUUCUCAAAGCAAAAAGAAUAUAAUACAUUAAGUGCACAGUAUUCGAGAAAA